AUGGCGAUCUGUCCGCAGUUACUGCUGCUGCUGAUGCUCGGUGCGACCCGGGGGGACAAAGACCGCUCAGAUAAGAAUGAGCACGACCUGCUUUUACGUGAUAUUAUGACGGAACACAUGCAGAUGCUUUACGAGCAAUACAACGGUGCAGGAUUUCCUUUCAAGGACGGGAAUACUGUCCGCAGCUUUAAAGCGCACUGGGGCACCAUCAACAACCAGCGGCUCCAGAUCUUCAACCUGACGUCUCUCACCAAGUCAGAGGCCGUCCUGUCGGCAAUGCUCCACUACUACAUAGGAGACCUCCCGAACAGCAUCCAACACCCUGGCUGCAGCAGCAGCACCACCGGGCCCAGGCCCAGGAGCUGUGGAGCCCCCUCCCCAUCCCGCCACGGCCCCAGGAGACACAGCCACAUCCAGAUGGGUGUCUGGAGCUUCGCCUCAGUGGAUAACCACACCAGGACUUUGGGCCACUUUGUGAUCAACGUGUCUACACUGUACAGGGACUUCAUCUCUUGGCAGUGGAAGGACGUCACCCGGGUGGCGAACCAAGCCAAGCAUCAUGAUGAGCUUCUGAUCGGGAUAGACGUGGCAUCACAGCCUGGACCCAGGCCCUGGAAGAAGCUCCUCUCAGACCGCUCUCCAUACAUCCUGGUCUACGCCAACGACUCGGACAUCUCCAAACCCCAGAGUGUGGUGUCGACACUACAGAGGCAUCAAACCACGACGACCACGGAAGAAAGGGCGUUCGCCUCCGGCUUCCAUAGACUGGGGCUGCACGCUCAGAACAACACCGGCGCGCAACAACAGGCGCCUCCGCACAGACGCCGGCGCUCGCCUAGCGUCCUCCUCCCGCUCCAGAACAAUGAGUUACCGGGACCGGAGUACCCGUACGAGACGGCGGUCUGGGACAAGACCAGCUCCUACGAACCGCCGGAGAACAAGCCAGUCCGUCGGCCGAGGAAAAAGACGCGCAGCAAGAGCCAGAGGCACGGCGGUAAGAUGCUGCGGUUUGACGAGCAGACGAUAAAGAAGUCUCGUAGGAAGCAGUGGAACGAACCACGGAACUGCGCUCGCCGCUACCUGAAGGUGGACUUUGCAGACAUUGGCUGGAACGAGUGGAUUAUAUCUCCCAAGGCUUUUGAUGCCUACUACUGUUCAGGGUCAUGCCAGUUCCCCAUGCCUAAGUCUCUGAGGCCUAGUAACCACGCCACCAUCCAGAGCAUUGUGAGAGCGGUGGGGGUGGUGUCUGGUAUCCCCGAGCCCUGCUGUGUCCCAGACAAGAUGUCUUCCCUCUCCAUCCUCUUCUUCGACGAGGACAAGAACGUUGUGCUCAAAGUCUACCCCAACAUGACCGUGGACUCCUGCGCCUGCAGAUAG